AUGGUGCAUGAUGAGUUUCGUUGGGGAGUGCGGAAGCAGGGAUCGUGCAACGGAGCUGAGUCCGUAGCGCAGCGCAGCACAGUGCAGGAGGGAAAAGCAUUCCUCGCAAAGCAGCGGGCCAUCGGCUACGGUGUGCGCGGCAAGGAGCGAGAAAACCCAAGAUUGCAAAGUUGUGAUAAUAAUUUUAAUAACUUAAGUGGCCUGACUUUUGAUCGUGAAAUGCUUUGCGCUACAUGGUUGCGCCUUAGAGGACAUGGUGAUGACGCGACGGGAGGAAGGCGCUCGCCACAACACCAGCAGUCGGCACAGCAGAGCUACCACCGAUCCUACGAGGAUUAUAUCCACCCCCUGCAGCAGCAGAGUCAACAGCAGAGCCAACAACAACAGUCCCAAUCUCAGACCACGGCAGCCGGUUCCCCGCUGCCAGGUCACCAUUCUGCAGCGGGCAGUGGUGGCAGUGGAACUGCUGCAACUAGUAUGCUGGCACCGCAAAGUCCCAGUAUGCUCGGCACCAGCAGUAACGGCAUGAUGUCCUCUCCGCUAAUGCAAUCCCACUCUCCCCUGCUUUCAUCGAAUCCCUCCCUGCUAAACUCACAAUCCCCGCUGCUCUCCAAUUCUCCACUGAUGAGCCAGUACUCUCCCUAUCAGGAUGUCAUCCCCACGAUUUUACCCCAGGACGACCCAAGUGGAUGGGGCGGGUACGCUUUGGCGCCCGGUCCUUAUCAGAGUGAAUUCUGUGCGUCCAACUAUGGGGUCUUGCAUCAGCGGCAACAAUACGGUCCCGGUGCACACGGGAAAAUGGGACCACACGGGUCACUGAAGAGUGCCAAAGAAGCACGCAUCCGGCGGCCGAUGAAUGCAUUCAUGGUGUGGGCCAAGGUGGAACGGAAGAAGCUUGCCGACGAGAAUCCAGACCUGCACAAUGCCGAUCUCAGCAAAAUGUUAGGCAAGAAGUGGCGUUCGCUGACGCCUCAAGACCGCCGACCGUACGUAGAGGAAGCUGAACGACUUCGGGUCAUCCAUAUGACCGAACAUCCUAACUAUAAAUACCGACCACGCCGUCGGAAGCACACAAAGGCUGCCCGUGGUGGAGGUCCCGGUACCAAUGGAGGAGCCAGUAAUCAAUCAGUCGUGGCUAACAAUACUCAAAAUGUCAACGUGAGUAACUCUUCGCCAAGUGAACUAAACUACGAUGGUGAUUCGUCACAGCGAAUGAGUCCGUACAGCUACAACCCGCAUUAUUACUCAGGGACGAAUAAUGUCCUUAACACUCCAGAUUCCAGUCCAACACAAAGUCCUGAGCCAGUGCCGCCAACGGUUGUACCCUCAUCUGUCAGCAGUCGGAAGCAUACUGGUAGCUCCAUUGAUGUAAGUCAAAAAAUGGACGAUGUCUCCUCCGCGCUUCCUACGCCGGAAAUGAGCCCCCUUGAGUUGGAAAAAGAAAGCUAUAAUGGAAUUCCUAGUAAUCAUGGCUACGACGAUCUGAAAAGUAAACAAAAAUUGUCUUAUGACAGCUAUAACAAUAUUAAAAGUGAACAGAAACUGCCUGCCACAUUCCCAAAUAGCUACGAUCAUGACAGCGACAUCAAACGAGAGUACAGUUCCGCUGGGUCCUACAUGAGUUCAGGAUCGGAAAAGCGAUACUCGUACGAUUCGCCACUAACCAAUGGCCUUCAUGAAAAACGAAACUACCACUGUGUUAGCAGCGGAUCGACAACGACUACCGCUAUGGUAAACGGGAUGUAUGUAAUGUGUACGAAUCGAAGCAUUCUUGACCAAGGUCACAUCGUCACCGGGACGUACUUUCCCCCAUUGGCGACUUCCGAGGAUCACCAGACUUUAGGAACGACUCUAACCACAACUCAUGUGCCGCAUCUCAGUACAAACACCAGCAACAAUAGUAACAAUCACAAUCACGGCAAUAGUAACACCAAUAAUAACAACAACAUUACCUCCGGAAAUGGUAGCAACCACAGUCUCAGCAAGACUAACAACGGGUUACUGAACAGCAUUCAUCUCAGUACCGGUGGAAACUCGAACCAGCUGGCGCAGCAGUCAUCGCACCAGUCUUCACUGACAGCCGAACAGAUAAAUAACUACUACGGUGUCAAUUCCCUAUCGUCCGGACUGCCAGCCUACUCAUAUGCUUACAAAGACUACGGGAUCAACUACGAGUCACCAUCACUGACGCAAGACGAGGUAGAUUCUCGCGAACUGGAUAAGUAUCUUAAGUAUCCGGACAGCAAUCACAACUUCAACAGCUACGAAUCGUACCAUCACAGUGGUGCCAUCUACGGUCAUCCCCAGACCGAUUACUACAACUACCAUCAACAGAACGCCAGUCUUUUAGUCCAACAGCAACAACAGCAACAGCAGCAGCAGCAGCAGCAACAGCAACAACAACAGCAGCAACAAUUAUCCCUAGGGUCGGCCUCUCCUGCUGGUAGCAGCCAUGGAUCCUCUGGCACGGUCGGAAACGCCGGUGGAAAAGCUGACGGUAUGAUUGGCGCAUCCGCUCAUCUACCGACCACUCCAGUGGCACUGUAUGCACUUCCAUUACAGCAUUCUCAGCUAGCGGCAGCUCAGCAACAGCAUCAUCAGCAGCACCAUCAACAGCAGCAGCAGCAGCAUCAUCAUCACCAUCUCCAGCAGCAUCAGCAGCACCAACCGCACCUCUCGCAGUCGCAUCAUUCGCACGGUCCGAGUUCGCAUGGUAUGACCGAUAUCUACGUCACCAGUGAGCAGCUGAAGGAGGACGAGUUCAGCAACAUACUGGCCGGCGUGAGGAAGACUUGCUACAGUAAUUAG